AGGCUCUCGACGUCGACCGCCAACUACCGCCACUCAAUUCUCGGACCGUCGACAUCGCGGUUCUUGCGAUCCAACUUGUGCUUUGACAGCUGACGGGACGCGCAGGGCCCUGACAGGACGCUUCUUGCGGGAAUUCCCCGAGUGACCGGCCUCGAUGAUGAUUUAAACGCUUGCGGGGACCCGAUCGUUCGAGUAAAUUGCUUCCAAGUGUGCGAUCUUCUAGCCGUAAAACCGUACGUCGACCGUGGACAGUAGGAUCGCCGAGACGUUUCAACGUUGCCCGCUACUAUGUGCGCGAGAUUCGUUCACGAAGAGUACCGUGUGAUGUUCUUGACCGGGUGAGUGACGGAUUGGUGCGUGGUGCUUCGCCCGAGUUCGCACGCGACCGCCCCCAAAGAUCAGGGAACGAUCGGGAAACGUCCACAGGAUUCGAGACCGCGAACCGAAGAUGAGGCUCUGGGUGAUCAUCGGGGCCCUCGCGGUGGCGAUACACGCCUCCCUCGCCGAAAUCACCAGGAACAAGAAUCGUGGCAGAGGAUCCAUGUGGUGGGGAAUAGCCAAGGCGGGAGAGCCCAACAAUUUUCUACCGAUGUCGCCAGCCUCCCUGCACAUGGAUCCCACCGUUUACGCGACCCUGAGGAGAAAGCAGAGGAAACUGGCCAGGGAAAACCCGGGGGUGCUGAUGGCCGUCGCCAGGGGCGCGAACCAGGCGAUCGCCGAGUGCCAGCAUCAGUUUCGCAAUCGGCGAUGGAACUGCUCCACCAAGAAUUUCCUCCGUGGGAAAAAUCUCUUCGGCAAGAUCGUCGACAGAGGAUGUCGUGAGACCGCCUUCAUCUACGCCAUCACGAGCGCGGCCGUGACUCAUAGCAUCGCGAGAGCGUGCAGCGAGGGCAGCAUCCAGUCGUGCUCCUGCGACUAUACCCACCAAUCGCGAGCACCAUCCGCGUCGCGGGACUGGGAAUGGGGUGGCUGCUCGGACAACAUCGGCUACGGCUUCAAGUUCUCCCGCGAGUUCGUCGAUACCGGGGAGCGCGGGCGGAACCUGCGCGAGAAGAUGAAUCUGCACAACAACGAGGCUGGCAGAGCGCACGUGUCCUCGGAGAUGAGGGAGGAGUGCAAGUGUCACGGCAUGUCCGGCUCUUGCACCGUGAGGACCUGCUGGAUGCGGCUGCCCAACUUCCGCGUGGUCGGUGACAACCUGAAGGAUCGUUUCGACGGCGCAUCUCGAGUGAUGGUGAGCAACUCGGAUCGCGUACGAGGAAACGGGAACGCGAUCGUCAGCAAUUCGGCCAGCAACUCCGUGCACGGCCACAGGGAGGGUCUGGGUCGUCGUCACAGGUACAACUUUCAACUGAAGCCGUACAACCCCGAACACAAGCCACCCGGACCGAAGGAUCUCGUUUACUUGGAGCCAUCGCCGCCGUUCUGCGAGAAGAACCCGAAACUGGGGAUCCUGGGCACCCACGGCAGGCAAUGCAACGACACGAGCAUAGGAGUCGACGGCUGCGACCUGAUGUGCUGCGGCAGAGGUUACAAGACCCAGGAGGUAACCGUCGUCGAGAGAUGUGCCUGCAUCUUCCACUGGUGCUGCGAGGUCAAGUGUCAGCUCUGCAGGUUCAAAAAGACGAUACACACGUGCCUCUAGGCUCCCUUCCAUCCAUUCCGUUCGUCCUUUCCUUUCUCGAAGAGACUACCUCCUUCCUGGCGAAGGACGUUUCGCGUAGUCUCUCAACUCCCAGACAAGGUGGUCCAGGUGAUCCCACCGCGAAACUCUGCUGAUCGAGUCGAGUCGCGUGUCGGAGCUUUCGCGAAGAGUGGCUCCUAUCCCAGUAUUAUGCGAAACCGCGUACGUCGACGAGCUGGAGAAAGAAUGCCUCUGGAGGGGAUCUAGCGAGCAGAGUUUUUUUUUAGAAAAGGUAUUCGGUCAGGAUUUCGUAUCGCUUGGACUGAAAAUCGAUAGCGUUGCUAUCUUGGAAACGCAAUUUUACGGAAACGUGGAGCCACUUCGUCGAGCGAACGUCGCUCAGGGGCAUUCUUCGCAGCUUCUCGCGGUACGUAUACAUUACGACGUUCCACGAACGCGUAUCAAAGACUGAGGCGGUGAGAAGCGUCGAGCUGUUAGCGGUUCGCGAUCGUGAGCUUAGAAUCUUAUUAAUAUAGCUAAGUAAAGAGAACGAGACGCUCGUCGUUUCACUGUACAUACGAUUAACCCUUGCUCCGUCGAUGCGUCGUUUCUACUAUGUCGCUCCGGAUAAUCCGGAGCUUUCGGACUCGCCUCGCGUCAUUUUUUUUUUUCAGAAUGCGCGCGAGGUACAUUAGACUCGUUAUUUAUUUCGAUCCUCUGGGUCGCGUACUUGUAUAUACGCAUAGAUUAUAGCUAUAUAUAUAAAUAUAAAUAUACGAAUGUAUAAAUAUGUAUGUAUAUUUUUUUGGCACCGCGUUCGUCGAAUUGUCGCGCUUAGGAAUACUCGUUGUAAAUAAUCGACGCUCCUGAGACGGUAAAUACGCUCCAAAAUGCGAGGCGGGUAAAUUAUUUUUGUACGUCUCUUCGCCUGUACUCACCCCCCGGAAACGAGCCCUCCGACUCGCGCGGCGCUGUCUAGGCUUAGGGAGACCCAUUAGCCCAGUGUUAGAUGCUCGGCUACCUUCUCGAUUCGAGAAAAAUCGGUGAUUACAUUUGUACGCACAAUAAGAAGAUAAGUCUGGAGAUUGUUUUUUGUAAUUUAUAAA